AUGUAGGUUUAGGUUAAAACCUUAGAAGGUGAGACCAAGAUCUAUACCUUAGAGCAAGGUACUAGCGUCUUGGACUUAAAAAGCUAAAUUUCCUAGGAUAUGGGAUUUGAAAUCGACAUGAUGACUUUGGUUAACAACGGUUUCAUCGCUCCCAACACCGAAUUGGUUACUGACGAUGUCACCUAUUAUCUUUCCCUUAAGUUAUUGGGUGGUAAGAAGAAGAAGAAAAAAAAAUCUUACACCACCAAGAAGAAAACCAAACAUAGACACGUCCAUACCAAGUUAGGUGCUCUUGCUUUCUACAAGCUUGAAAACAACGGUAAGGUCUCUUUGUAACAAAAGGGUUGUCCCAAGUGCGGUCCUGGUAUCUUCAUGGCCAAGCAUUACGAUAGACAUUACUGCGGUAAAUGCCAUCUUACCUUGAAGAUCGAUGCUGAAACUGCUAAGAAGAACUUAGAAGAAUUAAAGAAAAAGCAAGAUGCUAAGAAAUCUGGUGCUGCUGCUACCGAUGCUGGUGCCGGUGGUGCAGGUAAGAAGGACGCUAAGAAGGGAAAGAAGGGUAAAAAAUGA